AUGUCUCUGUACCCAUCUCUUGAAUACCUGAAGGUAGACAAAGUUAUUCAGGCUCAAACUGCCUUUUCUGUAAACCCUGCCAAGCCAGCAAUUUUGUCUGAAGCUUCUGCUCCCAUCUCUCAAGAUGGAAAUCUCUAUCCUAAAUUGUAUCUGGAGCUCUCCCAGUACAUGGCUCUGAGUUUAAAUGGAGAAGAAAUCCAUGCAAAUAUGACCUCAGUCCCUGGAGCAUCAGUUCAGGGGUUGCUGGUCCAGGCAAAUUCUCCAGCCUCACUGGUUGGUCUGAGAUUUGGGGACCAAGUACUCCAAAUCAGUGGGGAAAACUGUGCAGGCUGGAGCUCUAAUAAAGCACACAAGGUCCUCAAACAGGGUUUUGGAGAGAAGAUUACUAUGACUGUUUGUGACAGGCCCUUUGAAUGGACAAUUACCAGGCAUAAGAAUAGUACUAGACAUGUUGGCUUUAUCUUUAAAAAUGGAAAGAUAACAUCCAUAGUGAAAGAUAGUUCUGCAGCCAGAAAUGGUCUUCUCACAGAACAUAACAUCUGUGAAGUCAACGGGCAGAAUGUCAUUGGGCUGAAGGACUCUAAAAUUGCCGACAUACUGUCAACAUCUGAGACUGUAGUUACUAUUACAAUCAUGCCUGCUUUUAUCUUUGAACAUAUUAUUAAAUGGAUGGCACCUAGCAUUAUGAAAAGCCUGAUAGAUCACACCAUUCCUGAGGUUUAA